ACCAAAGCGCCAGGCAUGAAGCUCGUGGUUGCGACGGAGGAUGACCAGAUCGUGAACGUGGAGGUGGACCCUGGCACGGAGGUCGAGAACCUCAAGGCGAUCCUCCAGGCGGAGACGGACGUACCGACGGGGGACCAGAUCCUCAUGGCCGGUGGGAAAGUCGUCCAGUCCGGGACGCUCUCGGGUAACGGGCUCGGGGACAACGACGUCGUCAUGCUCAUAAAGAAGCAAGCCGCGGGAGCCGGCGCGGGAGCCGGUGCGAGUGGAGGCAACCCGCUCGCGGUCAACCCCAGCGACGGUUCCGCGGUGAACCCCGGAGAGUACAUCAGGUUUCUUAAAGGGGACGCCGCGCAGCUUUCGCAAAUCGCCCAGGUGCUUCCAGAGCUGCACAGCGCGGUCAUGAGGGACGACCACGCGGAGUUCCAGAAAAUCUUGCGUCUGCUUCACCAGAAGAAGAUGGAGCAGGAGGCGAGGAGGAAGGCGGAGAUUGACCUGCUGAACGCGGACCCGUUCGACAUGGAGGCUCAGAGGAAGAUCCAGGAGAUGAUUGACCAGAGCAACGUCAACGAGAACUACGAGAUGGCGAUGGAGAACACCCCCGAGGCGUUCGGCAGCGUGAUCAUGCUGUACGUGGACAUGGAGGUGAACGGGCACCCUCUCAAGGCUUUCGUCGAUAGCGGUGCGCAGAUGACGAUCAUGUCCCUGGGUUGCGCGCAACGCCUGGGCCUGGAGCGUCUGAUUGACAAACGGUGGCAGGGAGUCGCCAAGGGCGUGGGAACGCAGAAGAUCAUCGGCCGCGUGCACCAGGCGCCCAUCAAGGUGGCGGAUAAACAUCUCGCGUGUGCCAUCACCGUGCUGGAGAAGGAGCAGGACAUGGACUUUCUCCUCGGCCUGGACAUGCUCAAGAGGCACCAGUGCUGCAUCGACCUGGAAAAGAACGAGCUUCGCGUCGGCUCCGCGGGCGUGUCGUUGCCCUUUCUCGGCGAGGCUGACCUCCCCGCGCACGCGAGGCCCCAGAACUUCGAGGAGCAGCCGCCCACCCCUACCCCCGCCGGUGGUGGUGCCGGUGCGGAUGCCGCCCCCGCGGCGGCUGGAGGAAACGACGCGAAGAUUGCCAAGCUCAUGGAGCUCGGGUUCCCGAAGGAGCAGUGCGAGCAGGCGCUGUCCGCGGCGGGCGGUAACGAGGAGCACGCCGCGGCCAUCUUGUUCGGCGGGUGACUUCGACGAUGACUUCGACGACGCUGUAAGGGUUAUGAUGCGUAAACAAUCCGUGUACCUCUUAAUAAAAGUUCGACAACAUCAAUCAC